AUGUGGUCCCGUAUCUGUUGGGUGAUUAGCCUGAUGCUGUUCUCUUGGGCGCCGCCACCGCCGCCUGGUACAAAGAAGCUAGACGGAGAAGAUAUCAUUGAAUUCGACGAUAUCGAUGAAAGCCCUGUAGAAGUCGAUACUGCUUUCAAGGGCGUGCUGUCGGACUGGAAGAAAGCAGAGCCCCUAGCCCGCGGGCUCUCUCGAUGUUUAUACGACACCCCGACGUAUCCCCAAGCACAAGGCCGUCGACUCGCCAUCAGCCUUCUCAAAUGUCUCCGCGGUGGGCUUCUGCUAGGAGGCUUUAUCGAGCUAGCUGCUAUGCUGACAGCCGCCCUUCCGCCUAUCAUCCUGCGCUGGCUUCUCGUAGCCUUACCAGAGCCUACCAAAGACGCAAAAGCCUCAUCAGCAAACGGAACUUUGCAAGAUGAACAGGAGGGCUACGACGCCCGGAUUGCCCACAGCUACGCCCUCGUUGCAGCCAUGGCACUUACACAGAUGGCUGCUGGCAUCCUCAUUAACGCCUCGCGCUACAGGCUUGAAGGUGUCGGAGCCCAGGCAAAGGCUGCCCUCACGUACAUCAUCAUGGACAAGGCCUUCCUCGCACCGCCCUCUUCCUCCGCAAUCACCUCAUCUUCAAGAGGCCAAAAGUCAAAGAGAGGGGAUAGGCAGCAAAUCUGGAAUUCCGGCGCCGUCUUUAAUCUGGCAUCCGUGGAAGCAUCACGCAUAGAGGAUUGCAUCAGCGGUAUCAACGCUAUCUGGACCGUACCGGCUAGCUUCGUUCUCGCGAUCCCCAUGCUGGCCACGAAUGUAGAUACUUCAUCGCUAGGCGGCAUAGUGGUCUUGCUUCUAGGCCUCCCCAUCUUCACCAGCGUCGCUCUCCGCAUCUGGGGUGAGCAGAAGGCUCUCAGCGGACUCUGCAGACGACGAGCAGCCUGUACACAGCAAGUGGUCCAAGGUAUUCGCGGAAUCAAACUCGCGGGGUGGGCUUCCCAGGCCAUGGUCUUAAACAAGCUGUGCGGGAUGAGGGUGGUGGAGAUGGUGACGGCAAGCCGAUUAUGGCACAACCGCGCCAUUCUCGAAGCGGCAUGCGCCCUGUUGCCGACCUUGGCCUCAAUGGCGAGCCUCGCCCUCUAUGACACGUUCCACGCGGGCGUACCCGACCCAGCAAAGGCGUUCUCGUCCUUUGCUCUGUUCUUAGCGCUCAAACCGCAUGUAAACCGCGCGGCGCAGGCCGCAGUGCAGUUACAGGAUUUGCUGGUGGGAUGCCGCGCGAUUGAGCAGUGGUUAGAGACGGAGGAGCCUAGUGAAGCGAUAGCAAAGUCUGCAGACUGGGCAGUCGAUGUAGCCCAGGAUACAGUGGUUUGCUGGCCAGCUACAUCUGAGGAUGACGAUUUCGUCCUGGCAUUUGAUACCAAGGUUCAGGUUGCAAGAGGUGAGCGAGUAGCUGUCUGUGGCACCCCUGGAUCUGGUAAGUCGUCUCUCCUCUGUGCGGUCGCAGGCCAAAUGUGCCUUGAUUCCGGCGGGUUAGAACUGGGCAUCGGGUCAAUGGUUGCCAUGGCUAGCCAAACGCCAUGGAUGAGGAGAGGAACAAUCCGCAGCAAUAUCCUCUUCGACCAGAAGUUCGACGAGGUUAGAUAUUGGAAAGUGAUCAGCGCUUCGGCUUUAUUAGGCGAUAUCGAUAGAAUGCCCCAUCGAGAUCUCACGAUUAUCGGCUCUGGUGGUCGAGGUCUCUCAAGCGGACAAGCUCAACGUGUCAGUCUGGCCCGAGCCAUGUACUCAGAUGCUGACAUUGUCCUCAUUGACGACUGUCUCCGUAAUCUUGACCCUGCAACGGGAAAAGCUGUGUUCGAAGGCGGCAUUUGCAGCUUGCUGGAAAACAGAACGCGCUUCAUCGCAACAAACCAGGCUUGGUUGGCCCGCCGAUGUGACCGAGUGCUGUGGCUCGAACAUGGGCGUGUCAGUGAGCUGAGGUCUCUGGAUACACUUGAACAAGAUUUACCAUCCAUCGGAGCAGACGAACCCUCUCAGAUCACGGCAACGCAACCACCACCAGGACAGCCCUCCUCGUAUGCGGAUGUAGCACAAAUAGCAGGUCGAACUGUUACACGCGCGUCUGUUGUUACAACACCACAGGCAGACGUCAGAAUGCGAAAAUCCUUCGACUGGUACCUGGAACUCGUGGGUGGGCCAAAAGCAACGUCCACAGCAGCAGGUAUUGUCUUUUGCUGGCAAUUAACCGCCGCCGGCCUAGUGUUUUGGCUCUCACUGUGGACUUCUGAUCGGUUGGGGCUGUCGGGCCUCGCAUCAGUAGCAAUAUUUGCUGUGCUAGGAUUUGGAGAGGCGAUCCUGGCGUAUGUGUUGUGCCUGAACAUCACCAGAAAGAUGUUGCAAGCGAGCCAUAGCUUGUGGGAACGAUCAAUGAGACGUGUGGUCGGGGCACCCAUGAGGUUCUUUCAAAGCCAUCUUCUGGGAAGCAUCAUGGAUCGCCUCUCCAAAGAUGUAGAUACGACCGAUAGAGAGCUGAUCGAGGCAACACGCAAUGCCACACUCCAUCUGGCGCGCCUGCUGGGUGGAGUUGCCCUGAUGUUGGCGAUGCAAAUCAACCUUGCCGUUGUCGUAGUGCCAGGCCUGGCCGCCGUCGUCAUUAUGAUGCGCCGUUACGCUCCUCGUUUGAAGACUGUCCGAUCUCGCGAAGCUGAGUUACGGUCCCGCGUGAACGCUGCAUUCAGCGAGAGCGUGGACGGCGCCAGCUGCAUCUCCGUUUACAAGGUCGAAACGUCGGCUCGUUCUCUUCUUGUCCAACGGCUGAACGCAUGGAGCAGCAUCCGCCUGCUGGCCGCCGCAAACCUACGCUGGCUCGAAGUCUUUUUGUCGUGA